AUGCCUCCUAAAGAAAGAAAAACGAAGGAACAAAUCGCAGCUGCCGCAGCAGCAUCAGGAAGAACUAAAAAAAAGAAAUGGGGUAAGGGUAAGAACAAAGAAAAAUUGAAUCACGCCGUUUUUAUUGACAAAUCUCUUCACUCUAAAAUACUUGAAUGUAAAAAUAUGAAGGUUAUAACUCCAUCUGCAAUUGCAGAAAAAUAUAAGGUAAACUUAAGUGUGGCAAGAGCAGUAAUUAAUCACUUAGCAGACAAAAAAUUAAUUGCAGAAGUUUGUGUGCAAAGCCAUAGUCAAAAAUUAUAUACUAAAGUUGCUUAA